AUGGCCAAGAGAAAGAGAAGUGAUGCCCCCAAGGAGGAGGCACCCGCCCAAACCCCUUCCAAGGCCGUCAAAUCCACAGCUACUCCAUCGCAAGCUCCAGACGCAGCUGUGACCGUUCAAGUGAUCACGGGCUCCUAUGAGCGGGUGUUGCACGGUUUCACUGCCGGUAUCCCCGCAUCUUCCCUCCAGUCCAAGAAGGCUGCCUCGAAAGAAUCUGUCGCCGAUAUCCAAUGUGUCGAUACCUUCUUGUUCGAGGCCCAUGGAUCCGCUAUCCGUUGUCUUGCGCUUUCUCCCCUGCCCAAGCCUACCGACAAGGGCGAUGCGCAAAAGAUUAUUCUCGCCAGUGGUUCCACUGAUGAGCGUAUUAACCUUUACUCGAUCUCCGCUUCCCCACCCGUCUUUAACGAUGACUAUCCCUCGGUGCCGACCUUAGCUGGAAACAAAAUCCUCGAAAACCCAAGAAACCGCGAACUUGGAUCAUUGUUGCACCACACCGCUAGCAUUUCCGCCUUGAGCUUCCCCUCCCGAAGCAAAUUGAUCGCCGCUGGCGAGGAUAACAAUAUCUCGGUAUCAAAAACCCGUGAUUGGUCUGUCAUUUCGACCAUCAAAGCGCCACGCCCCAAGAUCUAUGGCCGACCCAGUGGUGACACAGCGCCAGAGGGCUUUGCUCCCGCGGGAGUGAAUCACUUUGCUGUGCACCCUAGUAUGAAGCUGAUGCUGAGUGUUGGAAAGGGAGAGAAGUGUAUGAGACUGUGGAACCUGGUGACUGGUAAAAAGGCCGGUGUCCUGAAUUUCGAUCGCGAAAUCCUACAGAGUGUAAAGGAGGGCAAGUGGAGCAAAGGAGAGGGACAGCGCAUCGCAUGGAAUGCCGCUGGUGAGGAGUUUGCGGUGGCUUUCGAAUGGGGUGCGGUGGUAUUUGGAAUUGACUCGACUCCCAAGUGCCGAGUUGUCCCCGCUCCACGUAGCAAAAUCCAUCAGAUGAAGUACGUUUCACGACCCACAAAUGGAGAUGACACAAAUGGAGAUGAAAACGAUGACUUGCUGGCUGUUUCUACUGAAGAUGGUCGUGUCAUGUUCUAUUCGACUCGGGAGCUGCUGGAGGUAGAGGAGGACGCCGACUCGACCAUUCCUCAUGCAACUCCAGUUGCUCAGCUUGGUGGCAAGCAAGCCGGGUUCCCGGGACGCAUCAAGGAUUUCGAUGUAUUGAGUCUGGAGGAGCAGGUCAAGGAACUUCGCGAUGGUGUUCUGGUUGUUACAGGUAACAGUGACGGUGUGGUCCGAGUCUGGAGAGCUACUGGCAAUGAUCUUACCCUGUCCAAGAAGUCUAAGGGCUCCAAGGCGGAAGAUAUUCCCCAGAUCGGCAGUCUGUUGACUACCUAUGAGACUGGAAACCGGAUCACCUGUCUGUCGUCCUUUGUGAUGUUGCCGGCGGAAGAUCCAGAUACUCUAAUUGAGUCUGAGUCUGAGGAGGAGGUUGAUUCGAGUGAUGAGAGUGAUGACGAGUAA